AUGUCUGAUAGUAAGAAAAAUGUUAAAGAUGAUUUAUAUACGUCAUUUUAUGAAAUGUCAAUUAAAACAUAUGGUGAAAUUUCUCAAAAAUCUACUCAAGAUAAAAAAAAAGAAGAAGAAAUUUUGAAGCAUAUUUUUAAUGAACGUCAAUUUAGGAGGAAAUCAAUUAAACCUGGACCACCAAUUUAUUUUAGUAUUAAUGAAAAAAAUUUAAUCAACAAAUUCUAUGAUGAUCUUCUUGAUUAUAUAAAACAACGAAAACGUCAACCAGUAUAUAUUUAUAAAACAUUUAUUACAUCUCUCAAAUUGUACUGUACUCAGGGAAAUAUUGAAAAUGAUGGUAAUUUUUAUAUUGAAUUUUCAAAAGAAUGGUUAAAAGAUAUAAAAAAGAUAAAAAAUUUUUUUGAUAAUUGUAUUUUAUCUUGUGAUGAAAAAAAUUUAGUAUAUGAAACAAUAGUCCUACUACAUCUCUACUUUACUUCACUAGAUUUAAGAAAUUUUGAUUUAGAUACUAUUAUUGGUCUACUACAAUGUGUCUAUUUUAAUAGUCAGGAUGAUCGUGUUUUUAAUUUUUUAAAUAAUACAAUAUGUGAUGAAUUUUUUUUAUUCAUUCCAGAUGUUAUUUAUACAAUAUAUAAAGGUAUGAAUUUUCAAUCAUAUCCCUUAGAUGUUGAACAUUACUCUAAAUCUAAUGCAAUGGCUUUUUGGAUAAAACAAAAAUAUGAAGAUGAUUGUAAAUUUUCAUUUUCAAAUGGAAUUAAUAAACCAAUUAUAUUUAAUAGAAAAAAUAUUUUUAUAAAACAAAAUGAAAAGGUAAAUAAAAUUAAUCAAAUCGAAAAAAAUAUUAAAAUAAAUGACAAUAAAAUUGAAGAAAGUAGAUAUCAAAUAGGAAAAAAAAAAUCUUUAUGUUUUGAAGAAAAAGUUCGUGCAAAAAAGUAUAGGAAAAAAAAAUUAGAAGAGUUACUUUUAUCUUGUGGUGAUGAAAGUUCUUCAAAUUAUAGUACCAGUUGUCUACUUAAAAUAUCAGAAAAAAAGAAAAAUGAAAAAAAAGAGAAACUAAAAAAACUUUCACCUAUAAAUCUUGAGGUAUUGGAAAAUGAAAUUAAAGAAAAAAAUUUUAAUAUAAUCAGUGAAAUAGAAGAAAAUGAUAUAUAUUUUGAUAAAAAUAAAGAAAAAGUAUUGGUACCAGGGACACCAGAAAAAAUAUUGAUGGAAAGAAAUUUAUACAACAAAAUAAAAUAUUAUUCUAGUGAUAAUUUAUCAUUAAAUAACAAUUAUGGAGAUUUUGAUGAGUUGGUACCGGAGACAGAUAACGAAUACAUUGAUCAGUUGUCUUCAAGUGGUGGGAGAAACAAUUAUUUUAACAUUGAUAGUGAUAGAGAAAUACAGGCAAGAAAAAGAGUAUCAUGCGAUAUUGUAUCUGAAACGCCACCUUACAAAAUAAAAUGUAGAAAAAUAUCAAAAGAAUCAAGUGGAAUUUUACGUUUAGUUAAAAAAAAUCUUUUCAAAAAAUUUGAAGAUGAACCUAUUUCAAAUUCUCUAUAA